AUGGAAGACACACAGAAGAAAACAGUGGUUGUGAUCUUGGAAGGAGACUUGCUGUCAAUUGAAUAUGAAGGUUGUGACAGCAUUGAAGUUUACAAAGUCACCAACUUGUUUCAAUACGAAUCAUAUGUCAAAUCAGUGAUAGCUAAGCGAUUAGCACAUGUGAGUGUAGUGAUACAAUUUACCACCAUAGAAAGUUUAACUAAGGUAAUGUAUUUCCUCAACCAAUUCGAUGGAAAUAGGCAAACACAGAAAGCAAAGUUUAUCAAGCAACUAGAAAAGUUUGCUCGUGAGUUACAACCAGAGACAACUGGUGACAAGGUAAGUGUUACUUUAGCUCAGGGACAAUGUGAAUUGCCUCUUUCGUUCCCAGUUACAAUCUUGUUUGAUUCAAAUCAAAUUAAAGAUAACGAAUUGUCGCCAGCUACCAUCUUUAACUUACAAUUAGCACGGUAUAUAGCUUUGAAGCACGGCGGAGACAUCAUAGCUGCCAGUAAUAUUGGCUCCAUUAUUACUGCCAAAAAUAUACCAACCAUACUAAAUUUGGAAAUUCCACCAAAACCAAUUUUUUCAGUUGGUAAUGAUACAAUUGUUAUAUAUAUUCCACAAGCAUGGGAUUCUUGGAACAAGAUUAUACUUCAAGGAAAGUCCAUUGUCCUGUCUAACAAUGACGAUGUCAUCCGUCAAGAAUCAAACCUUGCACAGUUGAAUAUGCACUAUGAUGAUUUUUUCCAUGGCAACACUUCCAACUUACUGGGAGUUUUCGCUCACUUGCAUAAUAGCACUACUAAACCCAGUACCACUGAGCCACAAGACCCUCCCAAGCAAGUGAUUUCAAUUAGUGAAUUCCUUCAAGAAAUAGUCCAACCUUCAAUAGUUGAAUAA